CUUUGGUUAGCUGUAAAUUGCUUCCUUUUAUAACUACGAGGUCGAAUGCAAAUUCCCUAUUACGAUUGAUAAAAUAUAAGACGAACUAAAAAUAAAUAACCAAAGGAAAGUGAAGUGUAUACAUAAGAAGGCCUUCUGGCAACAUAUAGUAAACGAUGGCAAAACGAAACGUUUGGACUCCCGAUGAAACGAAGGAACUGUUGUCAGUGAUAAAAGAUCUAAAUUUGAUGAAAUCUUUUGGGGAAGAACGCAACAAUAAGCUGUAUGAGACGGCGCAAAACGAGCUGAAGAAUCGGGGGUACCACGGUAAAGACGCAUUCCAAAUCGAGCACAAGUGGAAAAAUUUGAAGCGAGCAUACUACAAAACGAAACGCGAAAAUUAUCUCACAGAAUCAUGCGAAUUUUUCGAGGAGCUUGAAGAGCUCAUGUCCCUCAGAGGCAAUUUCACGCCCAAACCAAAAGAAGGCAUCAAACGAACCAAACCGGUCCUGGAGAGCUUCGACAUUUUGCUAGCAAAGAUAACCAAAGCCGAGAAGGAAAACAACGAAGAAUUCACCAGGAAGGAAAAGGAUCUGAUCGACUAUCAGUUCGAGCUGUACACGCAAGACGAACGGCAAAGCACGUCGAAGCUUUCCCAGCUGCUCGCUAAAAACAUGGAAGACUUUUGCGCUCGCAGUCAACAAGUUCUGGUCGAGGAAGGGCUGCUUGCUUCCAACGUAACGUUUCUGGAAAUAACGGAACAGGCCGAUGAAGGCGAACCGGUUGGUUCCAUCGUAAAGAAGGAAGUAGUGAAGGAGUUCUAUCAGACGUGGAGGGAAGAGGAGACCACUUAAAAGAAAGGAAUCAUGGUUUUGAUAUGUAGCUCAUCAGAAUGUAAGAAUAAAUUUAAUGCUAAUGCCUACAAAUACCAUUUGAAGAUUAGUUUCCUAAGGUUGGUAUUGCAGCACGGAAAAAGCAUAAUUUAACUAAACUAGUUCUCGGGAAAGAUUAUACUUUUAUUGAUGCAAAAAGUGAAACUAAAUCGUGUGCUAGUUGUCCCCACUGAUAAAAUAUACAUGACCGUAAUCGAUC